AUGCUGCUGAAUUUUUUCCCCAUGCCAUCGUAUCGGAAUCUCACUCUUCAGUGUUUGACAGAGGUUGCAGCACUUAAUUUUGGAGAUUUCUACAAUGCCCAGUACGUUAAGAUGUACACCAUAUUCAUGAAACUGUUACAGACCAUGAUUCCUCUUAAUACAAACAUUCCCGAGGCUUAUGCAAUUGGUUCCAGCGAAGAGCAGGUAAAGUUGUUUUUGGCGCUUCAAAAUUUAAUGAAGACCAUUUUUUAUGUGUUCGCUCAAUAAUUGUUUAUUUAUGGCAAUGUCUUUUUUUUUUUAACUUACCUAUUCUGCAAGCUUUUAUUGAGAAUUUGGCUUUGUUUUUCACUUCAUUUUAUAAGGCAAGUUUUUUUCUUUUUUCCCUUUAUACUUUCUUGAUCUUAGUAUUUACCACGUUUUGUUAUAUUUAUAUCUCAAUGGCCAUCCUCUUAUGGCUGUAAGUUAUGGUUCAUUUAGUUGUAGAACAGGCUUAAUGUGUCAAUAAGGCACUGCUUAAGGGAUUUAAUAAGAUAAUAUGGAAUCACAUUGUUUCCUUGUCAAAUAUCAAAGAUUUGA